CGCCCCCGCCCACGCCCCCGCCCCCGCCCCCGGCCCGUGCGUCCGGGCUGGCGCCGCGCUGCGCCCCCUCUGCGCCGGCCUCUGCGGCUGCGCGCUGGCGGGGCUGAGGCCGAGGGGUGGGGGUCGCGCCGGGGGCCGGCGGAGCUCCUGUGGCGGCAGCGGUGGUAGCGGGAGACUGAGCGAGACUAGCGGCCGCUGGCACACCCAGAGCGAACGGAGGAAGCGGUCAUGUCUCGCUACACGAGGCCCCCCAACACCUCCCUGUUCAUCAGGAACGUCGCGGAUGCCACCAGAAGAUCUAAAGCAGUCCACAGUAGCUGGCAAGCACCCCCCAGUUUGAACCAACCUGUUAGCUAGAAUCCAAGCAUAAACCCAGCAGGCGAGACAAAAGGCACCUAAAGUUCAAGCAUCAAGGAGUAAAGAGGGAGGGUGGACACUGAUAUAAAGACCUGGAAGAGGGGAAGUCUUUAUCAAGCAAAAGACAAAGCCAACACCAGGUUGAGACUUCGGCUUUCCUACAUUUACUCAGAGUUCCAGAGUCAAAGCCAAGUCUGAUUUUGUUGGUUCUGCGUCUCUUGUAAAGUCCAUCUUGCAAGCCUUAAAGAGUAAAGGUCAAGGUUCAAGAUCAAGUGACAUUGAGUGUCCUUAACAGCUGGUCAUAUUUGAAGAUGUUCGAGAUGCUGAAGACGCUCUUUAUAACCUCAAUAGAAAGUGGGUAUGUGGCCGUCAAAUUGAAAUACAGUUUGCACAAGGUGAUCGCAAAACACCAGGGCAGAUGAAAUCAAAAGAACGUCAUCCUUGUUCUCCAAGUGAUCACAGGAGAUCAAGAAGCCCCAGCCAAAGAAGAACUCGAAGUAGAAGUUCUUCAUGGGGAAGAAAUAGGAGGCGGUCAGACAGCCUUAAAGAGUCUCGACACAGGCGAUUUUCUUAUAGCCAGUCUAAAUCUCGUUCCAAAUCAUUACCAAGGCGGUCUACCUCAGCAAGGCAGUCAAGAACUCCAAGAAGGAAUUUUGGCUCUAGAGGACGGUCAAGGUCCAAGUCCUUACAAAAAAGGUCCAAGUCAAUAGGAAAAUCACAGUCAAGUUCACCUCAAAAGCAGACUAGCUCAGGAACAAAAUCAAGAUCACAUGGAAGACAUUCUGACUCAAUAGCAAGAUCCCCGUGUAAAUCUCCCAAAGGGUAUACCAAUUCUGAAACUAAAGUACAAACAGCAAAGCAUUCUCAUUUUCGGUCACAUUCCAGAUCUCGAAGUUACCGUCAUAAAAACAGUUGGUGAACAGCAACAGAAAGGGCACCACGCAGUCUUUAAUAUAAGUUAAACUCUCAUUAUGUUAAAUAAAAAUUCUUUAAGGCAUACAGAAAA